AUGCUUUUGGUCUUCCUGUCUGCUAUAUUUAGCAGUCUAAUUAAUUCAAACGGUGCUGUAUUAGACCCCGCAUUAUUUCUUUUACCGAGCCCACCGCUGCUGAGUGGCUCUAAUAUCUCUCCAGAAACGAGAUGGAAGAUAUCGGAUACCUCAAGAGUGACCAGAGAGGCUGAUCCAGAUACUAUUAAUCAAAAACAAUCCACAGUCACGGAAAAAUCAGAAUCGAUGGAAAGCGCUGAAACAUUUUGGCCCGGCUUACGAACACCAGCAUAUGGAAUUAGGGGUAUCCACAUACCUUUAACAUUCAGUAUUCACGGCACAUACGGCAACAGUGGUUACGGUUCUCACAGCAGCAGCGUUGUUGGAAGCAGUUACGCAAGUAUAUCGACCGGUGACUCGUAUGGUAAUUACGGCAAGUCUGCACUUGCAGGCAGCAGUUACGGAUCUUAUCCUGGCAUUAGAGUGUUUGGUGGAGGCAGCAAGCCUGGCUGGAGUGGAUGGGGAAACGGAAAAUGGGGACAUUAUGGCAAAGGAUAA